AUGCAGGGAGCACCGGCAAGACGAACUUGGAUGCCUAGAGAUGAUGACUACGUGAGGGAGUGGUUCAUCACGCUCCAGGAGGAUAUAGAUCACUGGGCAAGAUCUUGUGCUCUCCAAGCACAGAUUACGGAUUCAGGAAAGAAUAAUGUCCUUUCUGAAUUGGAUGGCUAUGUCCGAAAUAGGGACUGGGACACACUCGUCUCCGGCACGAAAAAUUAUGCGAGAAUUCUUGUGGAAGCGUUGUUAGCAAAGGAUAUUUUUGAGAACAUCUUUGGUAACCCAUUCUUCUGUUUUGAUGAAGAGACUAAGCAGGAGGAACAAUCUCGUCCAUCAUUUGGUACACAACUUCUUGAACUUUAUCAUGAAAUGCAAAAAGUGAAUGAAGUAGGAGCGCAUAUUUGGCGCUCUGACACCCUUCGACUCUUGAACAUGCUUACGCACCCGGGACAAGAAUCAAAUCUUACCUCUAAGGUGCAAGAGGCUAAAAGACUACUAAACAACAUACAAGUACCAGACAACGUCCACCUUCCGCAGUCAGGACCGGAGCCAUUCUUCUGUUUUAACAAAGAGACUAAGCAGGAGGAACAAUCUCGUCCAUCAUUUGGUACACAACUUCUUGAACUUUAUCACGAAAUGCAAAAAGUGAAUGAAGUAGGAGCGCAUAUUUGGCGCUCUGACACCCUUCGACUCUUGAACAUGCUUACGCACUCGGGACAAGAAUCAAAUCUUACCUCUAAGGUGCAAGAGGCUAAGAGUCGACUAAUAAAUGGUCUAACAAACCCUUCCCGCUUUCCGGGCCCGGAGCCAAGUCUUACCUCUAAGAUGCGCGACUCGAGAAAACGAGUAAGCAUGAAACGAGCAGAAGACUUCUUGCAGGGUCCUGUGCAGUCAUUAUUAUGUGUAGAUUUGAAUAAUAAGCGCGAGGAAAGCCUGAAAGAAAUCUAUAUCUGGGCGGCCGAGCUAGCUGCUUUUCUGUGGACAGAGAGGGCGUACAUGACAAUCGACAGACUGCCCCGGCUAAACGUGUUUCCUAUAAAUUCCCCAGAAGUGUUGGCUCAUCCUUCUCACAAGCUCCAUGAGGAAGAGGAAGACAUCGACAGGAUGGAACAAAAAAAUAUUUUGCUCGUGGUGUAUCCGCUCGUCUCAGCCUUUGGAUACGAUGACGGAGAUUCUUACGAUCAGAGUACCGUAUGGGCGAAUGGAAUCGUGUUGAUUGAAGACCGAUGA